AUGGCAUCUUUCAACAAACUGAAAAACAUGCUAAUGCUGGCAUUUGACUGGAUUCUGUACAGUGCUGGUGCUGCAGACACAUGCCGAGUCACUGUAACACAACCCAGAUAUCAGGAAGCUGACUACUCCACACACACUGUGCUCCUAACGUGUGCUUUUUCUGCCUCUGGAUGCUCCUCGUCCCCACCUCAAGUUCUGUGGUUUCGCUUUUUAACUAAUGAACAUGAGGAUUUGUGUACUCCUGGAUGUACAGAUGAUCAGAAGUACAAAGUACAUUCAUCAUCAGGAAAUAACAUUUCACUUCAGAUCAAUGAUCUGACUGUAGGUGACAACGCUCUUUAUAUCUGUGGCAUAGCAUUUUCAGAUUCAAGUUCACCUCAUUCCAAACAAACAGGAGAUGGAACAAUAUUAACGAGAACAGAACAGCACAGCAAUGGAAAGCUCGUCUUCAUGAUCAUUGCCUCAUCCUUACUGUUUCUAUACAGCACUACUGUAGUCGCGUUCUUUGUAGUCUACAAGUUAAAACCAAAGCUGCUAAAGAAAAGUGGGAAUGAAGACCAAAGAACAGAGAAUUGUAAAAUCAAUAGUGGACGAAAAAUUUUUCAAGCAAUUGCCCAAGAACUUCAAAAGCAGAGAUACGCUGAACAUUGCCGGCAGCCUGAUGAUUUGGAAGGUGACACUGUUUAUCAGAACAGAUGA